GCUGGUUUAAAAAAUAACUUGGAGAGAGCGUAACGGUCGCCAUGGGGCAAAACGGUGCCAAGGCUGCCCUGUUCCUUAGUGUUUUUGAGGUGAGGGGGGAGCAAGGUGAAAAUAGGUGCUAGACGGACAACUGAAACAAGACAGAAAUGAUUCUGAGGUGCUGGAGAUGUUGACGCGGACUCUUUCUUGUAUUUAUGGAGAGAGGAAUGAGAGCAGCGCGGAUCAACAAGAGGCGACAGAAAUUUAUGGCUGAACUAUCCACAACUUCUGUUGAAAGGCAAGCUGGAAUUACUCUCUUUUUACAAGUUGCGUGACUUACCUUUAACAGACCAAACCUCGGAGAACAAGUUGGUCCGGGAUGCCAGACAACAUCGCAUUUCUGACGAACAGCACAGAACUGGGGCACGUCGGGCGCGCGUUGAGUUCGAGUGCGCGCCCCGCCUGGGCAACAGCGGUGCUGGCCAGCGUGCUGAUCUUCACCACUGUAGUGGAUGUUUUGGGUAACCUGUUAGUCAUAAUUUCGGUGUUCAGGAAUCGGAAACUGAGAAAUGCUGGGAAUGUGUUUGUUGUCAGUUUGGCCUUCGCUGACCUGGUGGUGGCUUUCUAUCCCUACCCAGUGGUGUUGUAUGCAAUCUUCCAUGAUGGCUGGUCUCUGGGGGAAACCCAGUGUAAAGUCAGCGGAUUCCUAAUGGGCCUGAGUGUGAUUGGCUCUGUUUUCAACAUCACUGGCAUCGCCAUCAACCGUUACUGCUACAUCUGUCACAGUUUUGCCUACGGACGUCUCUACAGCUUCCGUAACACGCUGCUGUUAGUGGCCCUGAUCUGGGCACUCACUGUGCUGGCCAUUCUUCCCAAUUUCUUUGUGGGUUCCCUAAGUUACGACCCCCGCGUUUACUCCUGCACAUUCACGCAGACUGCCAGCAGCUCCUACACUGUGGUGGUGGUGGUGGUUCACUUCCUGAUGCCCAUUGCAGUGGUUACCUUCUGCUACCUGAGGAUUUGGGUUCUGGUGAUACAGGUGAGGCGAAAGGUGAAAAGCGAGGAACGCUCAAGGGUAAGACCCAGCGACCUGCGCAACUUUGUCACCAUGUUUGUGGUGUUCGUUUUAUUUGCCAUCUGCUGGGCUCCACUCAAUCUAAUCGGCCUUGUUGUGGCCAUUGACCCAGAGAUUAUGGCUCCACGUAUUCCAGAGUGGCUCUUUGUGGUCAGCUACUUUAUGGCCUAUUUCAACAGUUGCCUCAAUGCCAUAAUUUACGGACUCCUCAAUCGGAAUUUCCGAAAGGAGUACGUGCGGAUCAUGACGUCGGUGUGGAUUCCUCGGAGGUUUGUGACUGAGACCUCCAGGGCUGCCACAGAUGGGAUGAGGAGCAAACCCUCACCGGCCAUCAAUAACAAUGAGUGACUUUAGUUUUAAACCAAUCACUGUUCAGAGAAAAACAAUAUGGAUGCAUGAAGCAAAUUUACAUGCUUUGAACUGAACACCUCUUUUUUAAUGCUACAGAACCAUUAUGCACAACUCAGGGUGCUUGUUUUAUUUUUAACCUAGGCAAAUUGGAAAUA